CUCCGCUCUACUUACGCAGCCCUGGUUUUUGAGGGAAAAUGUAUCGUCUCGGCCAACAGUCUAUCUCCAAGAUUGCUUUCAAUUCCUUUUUAUCCACUGUGCCACGGGAAUAUUUUCAUUUUACGAGACAAUACAAUAAAAGCUGGUCGUGUAUUGGCUGAUUUUUGAUAAACAAUUUACAUUUAUCCGCACGAAAAUGCCAAGGACCAAGAAGAAGAAUAACAGGGGGGGGCAGCAUGGAAAUGUGCAGCCUUUCAGUGAUGAGGAUGCCUCCAUUGAGACCCUCAGUCAUUGCAGCAGCUUCAGUGACAUGACCAGUGUAGCAGAUGAAGGUGGCGAGGCCAGUGAGGACACAGCCCAGGAGGAUUUCCAGUACAAGUUGAAGGGAUUCAUAGACAGCACAGUGGACAAGAGUGCCAAGACCAGACAGGGGGCACUGGAUGGGCUUAAGACAGCAAUGGCCACACGGAUCUUGUAUGAGUUCAUCUCAGAGAGAAGGAUGACCAUCACAGACAGCAUUGAACGCUGCCUCAAGAAAGGCAAAGGUGAGGAGCAGCGAGCAGCAGCUUCUUUAGCCUGCCUGCUGUGUAUCCAGCUGGGCUCAGGCAUCGAGAGUGAGGAGGUUCUCAAAACCCUGAAACCCAUCUUCAAAAAUAUCCUGGCAGAUGGAUCAGCCAACAUACAAGCCAGGCAGGCUGUGGCGACAAGUCUGGGCCUCUGUACUUUAGUUGCAGAAGACGACAUUUUGGACGUGCAUGCCACCAUGGAGUGCUUUGAAAACCUGUUCACGCGGUCCUACGCAAGGUUAGAUGGUACCUGUCCUUCGAUUAAUCCCCAGACAAGCCAGCUCUACACCAACGCCCUGCUGUCUUGGGCACUGCUGCUCACCAUCUGCACUGCCAACCAGCUCAAAGACAUCCUGCGCAGAUACCUGCCCAAACUGCCGAGGUUGCUGGAGAGUGAGGAUGUCAACAUGAGAAUUGCUGCAGGGGAGACCAUCGCCCUGCUGUUUGAGCUGGCCAGAGACACAGACUCUGACUUUGAAUUUGAUGGCUGGGAUGAACUAUGUGAUAAACUGAACGCGUUGGCCACAGACUGCAACAAGCACAGAGCCAAAACGGACAAGAGGAAGCAGCGGUCUGUGUUCAGGGAUGUGCUCAAGGCUGUUGAGGAGGGUGACUUUCAGUCUGAGACCAUUCGCUUUGGGACAGAGCGCAUGACCAUUGACAGCUGGGUCAGGAAGAGGACAUAUGAUGCUUUCAGAGAGUUUGUGGGAUCUGGGAUGAACUACCACCUACAGGCAAAUGAAUUCAUCAGAGACGUUUUUGAACUGGGACCACCUAUACUGGUUGAUUCAGCCACAAUGAAGGCCAUGAAAAUAUCACGCUUUGAAAGGCAUCUCCACAACUCUGCUGCAUUCAAGGCUCGGACCAAGGCAAGAAGCAAGUUCAGGGACAAGAGGGUGGAUGUGGGAGAAUUUUAAUUUUUUUUUUUUUUUUUUUUUUUUUUUUUUUUUGGCAGGGGGGGGGACUAAUUACCUAUUUAUCAAGCUUCUCUGCUUUUAGAUAAAUUGUCAUGACUUUUUGUUCACAUGUUCCUCCACUGAAAUCUAUCUUUUGAGUGUCAAACUCUCACCUUCUGUUGACUUGAAAGGUCUAUCAGACACUGCCCUAUAAUGGACAAAACAUUCUUUUUAUAGCUACAUUUCAAAUCUACACCAGGUGAGUGUUUGACAAUCAAACAGUAAGUUUUGAGUGGAGUAUAAUUUUAAUAUAUCCACACACAAAAGGUGGUGUUGUACAUUAUAGUGUAUAUUUGUUUGCUCCUCAUUAAUAUUCAUUUGUGGCCUUUUCUUUUCAACAUUGUAAUAAGUUAUAUAAUUUUGCUAGUAUUUGUGUUGCACAAUGUAGUUGUCAAGACACAUGUUGUGACUAACCUAACCCUUUGAUGGAUUUGCAUUAAGUUGCAAUACUUAGUUAACCCGUAGCAGGUUAUUUGUGUAGAACCUUGGUGAAUAUUGUCUUGUAUUUUAGUAUUGGGUAUGUAGCCUAAUUUAAAGGCAAGGAUGGUGAAAUAAACACUGAAAAGCUGUUA